AUGGAGCACCGCGAUAAUUUUCAUUAUGGCAACUCGAGUGCUAAUAAUAGCAAUGAACACGAGAAUUACAACCUAUCCGAUAUAGAUCCCAUAUCUGACUAUAUGGAUGAUGCUUAUCAAGAUCAUCCCCAUUCUAAUAAUAGACACCAACCUCAAAGUCAUAGCGGUCAGCAACCCCAAUAUCACGACGAUGGACGUCAUAAUGGACUCUAUCGUGAUCAUGGGUAUACAGAUAACACGUAUGAUAACUUCGUGAAUCCGCUUCCCAGUGAUCCCAAUUUGCAGAGUAACACAGCAUACAAUGACGCCUUUAUUGCAAAUGCGCCACAAAGCAUUCCAUCCAUCAAUGUUGUACAACACACGCCAGACGUAACUCAAAACACGAUUUUCAUGAAUGCAAGAACAGAUGUUCCCGCUCCCGUCAGUGGCUCUGCGCCUUACUUCAAUGAUGAGGAAUAUUACUAUCGUAAUCAGCAUCAAGCAGGUGGAUCUAGUAUGGGAUCUACGUCAGAUUUGGACGAUUUAGGAGACCAAUCAGAACGUCCCAUAUUGAAUCAUCAAAGACAAGACGUAAAUGCGUUUAGCUAUCAUCAAGAUCCAGUUACUAUAGGUAACUACCUUCAUAAUGAGCAGAGUUAUGAUGAUCCUGAGGGUGGCUACGUUGAUCAACGUGGAGACGAUUAUCAGAUUAAUACAUAUUUAGACAGAGAUGGUGAGAUGGUGGAUCCUUAUCAAGCAGGUCCACAAGAGAGCGACACCAGGUACAUGAAUUAUGAUCAUCAACCUAAGCAGAAGAGUUACGCGCAGAACGAACUCAUCAGAGAGGGAGAGGAUUUAAGUAAUAGCAGUAUUGGAGAGUACUCGCAUAGAGAUCUUGGAGAAUAUGAUGACAUUACAACCCUUGAUAGAAUGAACUACACAGCAAGUGGUGUGCCUGCUUCCUCCUCUUCCUCUUCCCUGAAUUCAAGAGAUAAAGAUCUCACUAAGGAUGAAAUGAAAAGAGUACCUACGAGAACCCCUACGAUAAUGCGAAAAUUUAAACUUUGGAGAGGUAAUUUUGUGUUUGAUUCACCAGUGAGUCAAUCAUUACUGAAACAAUAUUCAAAUGCAACAUCGAAUGAAAUUUCAAAUGAAUUCAAGUUUAUGAGAUAUCAAGCAGUAACUUGCGAACCAAAUCAGUUGGCCGCAAAAAACUUUACAGUAAGGCAAUUGAAAUACCUAACGCCACGGAGGACUGAAAUGAUGAUUGUCAUUACAAUGUACAAUGAGGAUCACAUAUUGUUGGGAAGAACUUUGAAGGGUGUUAUGGAUAACAUCAAAUGUAUGGUUCGUAAGAAGAAUUCAAGUACAUGGGGGCCUGAUGCAUGGAAGAAAAUUGUCGUAUGUGUAGUAUCAGAUGGCCGUUCAAAGAUUAGUGAAAAAUCUUUAGCAUUAAUGAGUGCAUUGGGUUGUUAUCAAGAUGGUUUUGCAAAAGAUGAAAUUAAUGGGAAAAAAGUUGCAAUGCAUGUGUACGAACAUACAACUAUGAUGAAUGUUACGAAUAUUACGAGUGAUGGCAUAGAACUUUCAGCAGGCACGAAUACAGUACCCGUUCAGCUUUUGUUUUGCCUGAAAGAACAAAAUCAAAAGAAGAUCAAUUCACAUAGAUGGGCAUUCGAAGGAUUUGCGGAACUAUUACAACCUGAUAUCGUGACGCUGUUGGAUGCGGGAACUAUGACUGGUAAGGAUUCAAUUUAUCAACUAUGGAGGGAAUUCCGUAAUCCGCAGGUUGGUGGGGCGUGUGGCGAAAUAAAAGCUGAAUUAGGAAGGGGCUUCAAACAUCUAUUAAACCCUUUAGUGGCUUCACAAAAUUUUGAAUAUAAAAUGUCAAAUAUUCUGGAUAAAACGACGGAAUCAAAUUUUGGGUUCAUAACGGUAUUGCCUGGUGCAUUCUCUGCAUAUAGAUUUGAAGCUGUAAAAGGUCAGCCAUUGCAGAAGUAUUUCUAUGGUGAAAGUAUGGAGGAUAAGGGUUUCCAUAUUUUUUCCUCGAAUAUGUACUUGGCUGAGGAUCGUAUUUUGUGUUUCGAACUGGUAACGAAGAAAAAUAGCAACUGGAUUUUGAAGUAUUGUAGAAGUUCGUACGCAUCUACAGAUGUUCCUGAGCGUGUACCCGAAUUCAUACUUCAAAGAAGACGUUGGUUAAAUGGUUCAUUUUUUGCUGGUGUAUAUUCUUUUUUUCAUUUUCACAGGAUAUGGACUAGUGGGCAUAAUGUUUGGAGGAAGAUUAUGUUAAGCAUUGAGUUCUUCUAUCUACUUCUAAACACAAUAAUUUCGUGGUUUUCAUUAAGCUCUUUCUUCCUCGUAUUCAGAAUAUUGACACUAUCUAUUGCCUUAACGUACCACUCUGCGUUCAGUAUUCUAUCCGUGAUAUUCUACUGGUUGUACGGAAUAUGUUUAAUCUCAACUUUUAUUUUAUCUCUAGGGAAUAAGCCACAAAGUACAGAAUGGUUUUAUGUGGCAACCUGUAUUUUCUUUGCAGUUCUGAUGAUAUACAUGAUUUUCUGCAGUAUUUUCAUGAGUGUAAGAUCGUUUGAAAAUAUCUUAGAUGCCGGCUCCAUAACGUUUAGAGGCUUGUUGAUGCAAGAGACUUUUAGAGAUAUGGUGGUGUCACUUGGCUCAACAUACUGUCUUUAUUGGUUGAGCUCGAUUAUCUAUCUCCAACCAUGGCACAUGCUGACCAGUUUUGUGCAAUACAUUUUAUUAAGUCCGUCAUACGUGAAUGUGUUGAACAUCUACGCAUUUUGUAAUGUUCACGACAUUUCUUGGGGUACUAAAGGUUCAUCAGCUAAGCCUUUGGGUAAGAUUAACGCCAAGGAAGAUGGUACCUUCAAGAUGGAAAUUUUGGUCUCCGCUGAAGAAAUUCAAUCGAAUUAUGACAAACAUUUGCAUAUUUUAGAACAAUCGCCGGAAGAGAAUGAGGAGAAAGAUGUGCCAUUCGAAGAACAAAAGGCUGGUUACUAUGCCAAGAUUCGUUCCCUAGUAAUAAUUUUCUGGGUCUUGACCAAUUUUGUGGUGGUUGCCGUUGUCUUAGAGGCAGGUGGAAUCGGUGACUACAUUGCAAUGCGACCAAACAAUCAGGCGGCAAACCCCGAUGGCACAGCAGAAAGAGCCGUUAUUACGACCAAAGCAUCCAUAUACUUUACAAUUAUACUGUGGAUUGUUGCAUUCAUGGCGCUCAUCAGAUUCAUCGGGUGUGCACUAUACAUGUCGAGCAGGCUAAUCAAGAGGCUGACUUUUAAAUAG